AUGGGCUUGACAGCCGUGUCUGACCGGCCGUUUCUUUUCCAACGAGAGCCGCUGCCGCCAACUCUCCAUCCGCCUCCUCCGAAACCGCCACCGCCGCCUCCCCUCCAUGGGCCACCGCCGCCACCGAAGCCUCCAAAACUGCCACCGCUCCUCCACGGGCCGCCGCCUCCAAAGCCGCCACCUCCGAAGCCGCCCUUGAGGCCUCCGCCGAAACCUCCGAGGCCACCGCCGCCCCUCCAUGGCCCACCACCACCACCACCGAAGCCUCCCAAACCUCCGCCGCUUCUCCAUGGGCCACCGCCGCCACCGCCGAACCCUCCGCCGCCUCUCCAGGGCCCGCCACCACCGCCGAAACCACCUCCGCCGCCUCUCCAGGGUCCGCCCCCGCCGCCGAAGCCUCCACCGCCGAAGCCCCCGCCGCCGCCACCGAGGAACCCGGCGGUCGCCAGGCUCACGGCGAUCCCGCACACGGUCAGCGCCAACUGA